AUGAACGGCGAUGCUGGUCUCGUCGGCUGCCUGGUCGAUAGGCUUGCCACUAGACUCCCUCACAGGACAGGAACCCAUGGGCAGGAGCUUCAGCAGGACGACGUUGUCCUCAUCACGAGGUCGACACUGGUCAAAAUCAGUACCUCUGCCGUCGCCUUUGUUCUCGAUUCCCUCGUCGCACUCCUCGAAGACAUAAUACGAAACUACAAGGGUCUCCCCCCGCCCGCCCAUCCUCCUCAUGUUCUCCUUUCCGAAGUCUACGUUCUUGCCCUUGCUGCAGACUGCUGCGCCGCCCACUGGGAUCAAGUCAAGGCGCAAGGCUUACGCCAGCCUUCUGCCGAUGCCGACACUCGUCGUGUUACCCCAGCAAACCUCGCAAAUGUUCCCGAGCCGUUGGACGAAGCCCUUGUCAACCGCGUGUUUGACUUGGUCAAGUGGCUUGUUGAGCCCAUCCCUGAGGGCUAUGUUCUGCCCUCGUCCACUAUCCUUGACGAUACCUCGAGACACGCCGACUCCAUUGCCCGCUCCUCGGGUGGGCUUGCCUCGCCGCUUCCCGGUGAUACUGACGCUGCCGAGGAAGACGAAACACUGCCCACUACCCAAUUAGCAGUUUUGGAACCUUGCAUUAGAAUCAUCGUGGAAUACGUCACGGCCUCUACAUGGUCUUGCUCGUUUGACUACUUCAGGAACGUCGUAUACACCGUUCGCACUGCAGCUGUAGUGCAAGCUGCUCCUGGUCAGUCGGCCGCUACCCCCGACGACGAUAAGGCUUCCCUGGCGGUCCUUAAGAUCCUGUCCUUCUUCUGGGUCGACGCCCAAAAACUGGGCCUCAUAAUCCAGGAGAUAUGCUCUAGCUUCCUGCAUUUUCGCAAAUCCUUCCAAAAUACCGUUGCCGUCGUCGCCCCCUUGCUAGUCACCAGGUGGCUUGAUCGAUAUCCACAUGAAUUCGUACAGCAGCACACUUUACACAGGCGUCUCGACGGUGGCGCCGAUACUCUGUUUGACAUGACGCAGACGGUCGUUGACAAUGGUCGCAAGAAAGGAGUUUUGUACCCUUUACAGACCACAUUGUUAUUCCUACUACCCGAUGUUUUCGAGGUCGCUAGUAAUCUCCGCGAGGCCAAGAGUAGCAGUAUGGCCAAGAAGGUUGGCUUUCUAGACAACUUAAGAAAGGCCCUGAGGAACAAGAACGAGCAGGCUGCUUACUCAUUGGUUUCCCUUCUAAGGGCAUCUCGCCACUUCGUUGUCGAAGACGACGCCGCAUUGGUGAGCUACGCUAUGGAUGUACAAGACGAGGUCCGCGAGGCUGUCUUUCGGCGCGGCAACGAGACCUCCUUAUUCGAUCAAGACUUGAUGACAGCUGCGUUUGUCAGCCUUGCUGAACUGAGUCUAGAAAGCUGUGUUGACUCUCUAAGAGAGUCAUAUCUCGGCCUCUCUUCUCCACAGGCUUUUAAGACCGCCGUCGUCCAAGGCUGCCGUUACUUUGCUCGUCAAAACGACUCGCAUGUUUAUGAGCAGCUUUUUGCUGUCGCGGGACCGUUCAUGCGGACCCAGCUCAAGGCUGUCGCGGACUUGCCAGCAGAAGCUACCGCCGUAGCUCUGGCCCUACCGCGCCGCGACUCGAACCUACACUCGUUCACAAAUAUGGCAUGCGAUGUUCUCAGGUUUUUAGACGCCUCGCCCCGCUCUCUCUUCGACGGUGACGGUCAAGGCGAUACAGUCACCGGCGCCGCCGAUGAGGAUGUGUUUUUGUCCUUUCUCUCAUGUGUCGUGUCCGCCAACCCGACCAUUAGGAGACUCGCCACAGGUGUUGCGAAACGCCUCUUUUCCGACAGCACCAUCAUCGACACACUGCGUGCUCGCGGGAGACUGAGUUCUGCAGCACUGAGGAGGGAAUUUUGGAGACGCAGCUCCCUGGUGUUACUCAAUAUGUGCAACGAUGUCACAUCUGAUGGCAAUGGCUCAGAGGUGAAGGCUAUUCAUGAGUACCUUGAAGCCCGGAAGUUCUUGCUAGCGUCGCUACGGGAGCUCUCCGAUAUGCCCGAAGGCGUACCCGAAAUAGAGGCAGCAUCCUCCAGACUCGAAACAACACUCCUAGUCUCCUUAUGCUCUGCAGAUGUCGAAACCUGUCAGACGGUGACCUCGUGCAUAGGCCUCUUUUUCGAGGAGAACAAUCUUGUGGACAUUACCUCUGAUACAGCCAAGGGAUUCGCCUCACUGCUACGUAACGGCGAAGUGUACGGCGAGAUCGCCUCCCGAGCAUUUCGAUUCACGGGGCUCGUGGCUUUUCAAAAAAGAGUUCGCGGCUUGCUCCGCCGCUUGCAGUAUCCUACGAGCGGCAUCCUCUCGGCGUGGGAGUAUGGUUUCGAACGAUGGCUUCUUCUUUCAAGAGAAGUUUCAAUGGCACCUGUCGAUGCUGUCGAUGAAAGAACGCUGACCGAGUGGCGAAACUACUCGGGUUUCCUCGCAUCUCUUGGUGGAAUAUGCACGGCGAACCAGACAAUCAUCCUUGAAGAACCAGCACUAAGCGGCCUGAGGUGGAUUGACAAGCUCUCUUCCGAGAAUCAUGAAGAACCCUUAUUGAGCAGGUACCUGAAGCUGAGCAUCCAACUUCUCGGAUGUGCAAGCGUCAGGAUCAGAGAAGCAACCCGGGAGGUUCUAUCAAGUGAGGUGUCAUCCACACUUUACCAGUCUCUCUUCAAAUCUCUCGAGUCUGAGCUUGAGGUCCUAUUCACUGGUGCACUGGCGCCGAGUGAUAAGGCACAGGAUGUCGAAAUCAUUUUUGCGGAGCAGGCUAUCUCUCUUCUGAAAGCGCUUGUGGAGCGGCUUGAGAGCCCUUCAGACCUCGGUGCCGCCUCAGCCAUACACCUUGGUGCCCUCGCACUCAAUUUCGCGAAGUUCCUCGACGGCGUUGCUGACAGCACCAAUACCCUCCGAGUCAAGAUCAAGGUCUGUCAGCUUUGCGAGGCCGUGACAAAGAGAAAAGAACACCUGAAUCUCAGAGAUGACGUGCGAAUUCGAAAUCAGCUCCUGGAGUACAUCUUUGGCUGGAUUGCUCGGCCUCGGUCUCCGCGUCUAGACCCAAGUACCAGCUCAAGUGGCCGUCUAGAUGAAGUCGUAAGAGUGCAGAAGGACCUAGACAAAGCUUGUUUGAAGUCACUAGCCGAACUCACUUUCCGUCUACCCUUGCAGCCUGGCGAGGGUCAGACCGACGCUGGAACGAGCGAGCUCAAGUCACAGAUGUUCCAUACCUAUUUCAACAGAUUCCUUUCGCUGCUCAACCACGAGUCUCUUGAAGGCGGUAGAAACGAUUUGCUGGCGGGAAUCACCAGCCGCGAUGAGGGCGGAUCUUCGUCAGAAUUUGCCAUCACCAUUCUCUCAAAUCUGCUCAGUGCUAAUAUCGACGUCGGCCUGAAGCACUCUCUUAACAUUGGGUACCAUGACAACGUCGAAAUCAGGACAGCCUUCGUCAAAGUACUCUACAACAUCCUCAUUCAGGGGACGGAAUUUAGCAAUCUGACAGACGCUGCCGUCAGUGAGAAGUAUGACGAAUUACUCGAGCUCCUCACAAAAGACAUGACCUUGGUAGCAGCGAUGAGCGCUGUGUGCCCAAGCAGCGAGGUUGACGAGCUGACUGUCUCUCUGCUGACAAUCUUCGAACAUCGUGGUCUCAGCUUCGAGCUACUAGAAGUUCUCAUCAAGCAAGAGAUCGAAGAAACAGACAACGAAUCAGAGAUUUUACGGCGGACGUGCGUCGCAACCAAAAUGCUUUCCGUCUAUGCCAAGUGGAAAGGACAACCGUACCUCAAGGCUACACUGCAAAAGGUCGUCGAGAGGUUGAUGUUGACUUCGAAGGACCUAGAUCUCGAGUUGGACCCAGCUCGCGUGAGUUCUACAGAUGAGCUCCAGAAGAAUGCCCUUCAAUUGCGUAUCGUAGCAAAGGUGUUCAUCGAUGACAUCUGUGCGUCGUCCUCGACCAUGCCAGCCUCAUUCCGCAGGAUCUGCAAUAUUAUCUCUUCUGCCGUGCUCCCACGGUUUCAGGAGGCUAAGUACACGGCUGUUGGGGCGUUCGUUUUCCUUCGAUUCUUCUGCCCAGCCAUUGUUGCGCCUGAAGUCGAAGGCCUAGUUACCACGACGCCGUCAAAGGAGAUGCGACGAGGGCUUCUUCUCAUCGCGAAGGUCAUUCAGAACUUGGCAAACAAUGUUCUCUUUGGGGCCAAGGAACCCUAUAUGUUCCCACUGAAUGACUUCCUUACCCAGAACAUCUAUAAGGUCACAACCUUCUUGCGCGAGAUUUCUGUGCCUCCAGAGAACCUCGAAACUCCGCCUACCAUCGAAUCCUUCGACUUCGGCUCUUGCGUUGCGCUACAUCGCUUUUUAUAUGACCACUGGGAUCAUAUGCGCCAGAGACUUGUCACCCAGGAACGGAAGGACUUUGUGCGCUCGCCCGCUGAGGUGUCUCGGGGUCGGUCGCCCGUUCUCGAGCCUUUGCGCAAUCUCAUCACGAACUUAGGCCCUCCGCCCUUGGCUGUGACCUGGAACAGACCACAGAUAUCGACAAAUACUCCGCCUUCAUACUCGAGGUUUCAAAAUUUCAUGCUCCGGAACGCUUUCCGUAGUACUGAAUCUUUCAUCACUGCCAGAGCCGUCUAUGACGGAGGCGAAAGCAAGGACUCUCUUUCCAUUAUUUGCAUCAUCCUACGGCACAUUGAUGCAGAGAGCAUAGACUACGAUACACUUUUGUACUGUUACCUAAAGAUUGCAAGCCGUCUGUGGCAUAAGCCCUUUGGUCUGCUCAUCGACGCCACAUGCUACAAUGGGCAGAAUGAACCCCAAGAUGAGCUCUUUAAGAAGCUUGAACAGCUCACGCCUGUGGAAUUAUCUCGGAAUCUUGUUAGAGUCUACGUCUACAACAUGAAUAGCGCGUUCAGCAGGAAAUGCUUCCGAAGACUUCUACGGGUGUCUGCCAAGAGCGAUAACAGCGUCUUCAAUCCAAAGAAUGUCGACUACCACUUGAUUGGCAGCCUUCAAGAUUUGCAAGCCCACUUUCAUUUGAGCCAACUUCACCUACCUAAGGAGACAAUCAGCGUUGUCACAGAUACCCGAUACGUGUUUCAGCCCAUCACCCGACUCUCCAAGACAAAGGGUAAAAUUGAGGUUGUCAUCAAGGUUGGCAGUCAAUUUGUACAGGUCACAACCACCAAGAAGCAGGAGGUCUUCCCUGGCUAUCGGCUGAGCACGACGGUGAACGACAUCUUCAGGUUAGGCGAAGUGGAAGAAGCUCCUACGUCAAUACAGACCGAGGAUGACUCAGCCUUUGGUCUACGUGCGGAUAAUGGCAAGAUUGUCAUGUACUUCACCAGUCCCAAGAAGACCGACGUGCUCCAGACAAUCCGUGGCGCAAAGGCCAAGUACGGCAAGGACACAAGGGCGCACAAGGCCUACGAACGAUUAAUCCGUCCACAGGAUGUUCCGGGUACUUUGCUGAAUCUAGCCUUGACAAACCUGUCAAGCUCCGACCACGUCCUCAGACUUUCAUCGUACAAUCUUCUCGGCGCCCUUUGUAAGGCCUUUAAAUUUGGCGCGGCUUCGAACUUAAUGUGCACCAAAGAUGUUUCCGUACCUAUGGACCCGUCUCAUUUCAUCAUCAAGAUCAGCAGGCAGUUGGCAACGUCCGAGCCUCAACUAACCUUCGACUUUUUGACCGAGUUCUUUGUCGGAUGGGAGACCUUCACUGACGAGCAGAAGCCGCUCAGCCUGGCAUACAUGGCUCCAUGGCUGCCCGGCUUACGCACUGGAGUUUUAGCGAAUGAAUCCGAUGCCGAAAAGGGAAAGGAGAAGAUUGCAGCAUUGUUCCGCAAACUUAUAGAUGUGGCCAUGUCAGACCACGGGCUUACGUAUACGCUUGAGCAAGUCGUCUGGCCCGCAAUUUACCAGGACGAAACAAUACUCGACAUUUUUCUCGAGGAGCUCAUGAGAGCAGCUUUAAGCUUUGGAUUCUCCGAGGAGCCCAUGGAAGCCCUGUCGUCAAUCGUCUCCGGUAUGGGCAGCAUUACUCUGCGUGGCAAGGUGAUAUCCCGGCUACGCAAGGCGUUGAAUCGGUCUUCCCUCAGACCCACGAAGUACUUGCCUGACAACACAGUGUGGGCCGAGAUAUGCGUGUUGCUUCAUUUCUGUCUGUCAUUGUCGUUCGAUAAUGGCGUGCAGUCUCAGCUAUAUCUGCCAGAGAUAUUUCACAUCGUCACAAUCUUGGCCAACACUGGUGCUCCGGAGGUCCGUUUGCUAGUACAUAGGCUGCUUGUCAACACUGUACAUGCGGCUUGCACUUCAUUCAACCUGGACGAAACUCGCUUCAACAAGCUCAGGGGUAGCUUAGACUACCUUAGCGAGCCCAGGAGCGAGAUAUUCUCAACACCUCCCCCAUUCUUACGCGAUGGAGCCUCCAUGUCGACUACGCAGGAUGCUGGGCCUUCACUGGCCGCCACUGAGAACCUAGCGGCGGUCUUGUUUGAGGUCUGCUCGGUAGCAGCGCCAUCUGUUGACAUCUCCAACGCCUGGAGAUCACGCUGGAUGAGUCUGGUGGCCAGCACUGCAUUCCAGAAUAACCCAGCUAUUCAGCCCCGUGCUUUUGCUGUCAUGGGCUGUUUGGCACGAGAGGAAGUGGAUGACGACUUACUUUACCAAGUGCUGGUCGCUCUACGGAAUAGUGUCGGUCGCUUAGGAGACGACACCAAUAGUGAUAUGCUCAUUUCCAUUGUGACCUCUCUGUCCAAGAUGAUGGCAAAGCUCCCUUCGGCAUCUCGCUAUGGUUUGCAACUCUUCUGGCUAGCCAUUUCCCUCCUACGGCUUGUACCUCCGGCCCUAUUCAACUGCACAGCGCAAUUCUUGGAGGCCGUCAUGACUAACAUCAGCACUGUGGGUGACCUCAGAGGUGACAAGAUGGGCCCUCUUUUGCUACAGGGCCGCGUCCAGCUCGAAGAAGCGGCUUUGCCUCUGGAUGACGCGUACGGUAUUCACUUCACGCCGGAGAACUUCCAUUUCGCAGUCUGCGCCUGUCUCGCUCGUGGUCUUGCGGACACUACCACCAAAACGAAUGCCAUGCGAGUACUUUCGGCCUUCCUAGACAUGGCCGGCAAUCCUAUCGGUGACGCUGGGGUCCCACCUGAUGACUUGUCUCGGUCGCCUUACAUGGCUCUCAUCCUUGCACGAACAGUCGAGAGCGAUGAGCUCAGAGACAGCUUAUGGCUUGCGGGAAUUGACCCUUCACUUUUACGAGAUGUCACUGGCCAGCAAAGAUAUGAUGAUCUCGGCGGCAUGAAGGAUAAAGACCUCCUCCUAAAUACUGCCAUCGAGUUGAUUGACUUUCAAUACUUGGAAGAUGCACUGCAAAAUCGGACAUUGCAGUGGCUGACGGAACUAGCAGCAGCCAGGCCGUCUGUGAUUAUGCAUCUCUGUGGGCCUAUUGUCUCUAUCCUGGACGAUGUGCUCUUGCAUUGCCAGAAUUCAUCGACUUUGGAGUCUGCGCAGGACUUGCUACAUUCACUCACAUCAAAUCCAAAGUUCAGCACAGCCCUGGAGUCCACGGCCGUCUUGAAUGAGAUCCUCGAGGAUAUGGGUUUUAGCGGGUUGUGGCGCUCGUGCUCGUUCAAUUUUAGCCAGGAUCAAGAUAGAAAAUGCUUCCUUCUGACCGAGAAGCUGAUCGAGGUAAGUUACCAUUUACACGAUGUCUAG